AUGGGCACCUACAAGAAGGUGGCGUACACGGGGCCGGUGUCGGCCGACCCCCGGCAGUCGCACCCGAUCCGCUACCUGUGCCGCAACCUGCAGGAGGAGGAGAACCAGGCGCUGGCCGCCAAGCUGCAGGACAGGGUGCGCCUGCUCCGCUCGCUGUCCAUCGAGAUCGGCGCCGAGGUGCGCUACCAGAACAGCCUGCUGGGCCACCUCGACGACGACCUGGACAGGACGGACGGCGUGCUGCACAAGGCCGUCACCCGGGUGGCGCACCUCGCCAGGAGCCCCCAGUACUACUACUUCGUCAUCAUCUUCCUGUUCUCCGUGGCGUGCUUCGCCACCGUGUGGUGCGUCGUCAGGUUCCGGUGA